AUGGCUCAAGAUACGAUCAAGCUCGGAGAUUACCUCUUCACUCGACUCCGCCAGCUGGGCGUCGAGUCAAUGUUCGGCGUGCCUGGCGAUUAUAACCUCCGCCUGCUGGAUUUCGUCACUCCGGCUGGCCUGCACUGGGUGGGUAACUGCAAUGAGCUCAACGCUGCCUACGCGGCAGAUGGAUAUGGCCGCAUCAAGGGCCUGGCCGCUUUGGUCACUACCUACGGUGUCGGCGAGUUGUCCGCUUUGAAUGGUAUUGCUGGUGCUUAUGCCGAGAACACGCCUGUCGUGCACAUCGUCGGAACGCCCCCGCGCCCGCUUCAGGACGCGCGCACGUUUAUGCACCAUACCUUCUCCGAUGGAGAUUACCGUCGUUUUGCUGCUAUGUCGAUACAUAUCACUGCUGCCCAAUCCCGCAUCGUUGAUUCCACAACGGCACCGGAGAAGAUCGACUGGAUCUUGCAGCAGGCAUUGAUCCACAACAAGCCUGUUUACCUUGAAGUCCCGGAUGAUAUGCCUGAUGUGCUGGUAUCGGCUGCAAACUUGAAAACGAAGAUCACUGUUCCAGCUCCUCCAUGCUCGGCUCAGGAGCCUCAAGUACUAGCUCAAAUCUUGGAGCGAAUCUACCAAGCUGAGCGUCCCUUCAUCUUGGUAGACGGAGAAAGCACAGGCCUCGGCAUUGUCAACCAGCUCGAUGCUCUGAUCAAGGCAACUGGAUGGCCAACCUGGACAUCCGUCUACGGCAAGGGCCUAGCCGACGAGCAACUCCCCAAUGUCUACGGCCUGUACGCAGGAGGGUUCGGCGACGAUGCCGCAAAGGCAUACUUUGAAGAAGCAGACCUAGUCCUGACAUUCGGUCCACACUACAGCGACACCAACAGCUACUUCUACACAACAGUGCCGAAGCCUAAAGUGGCAAUCACAUUCUCAGGAAGCAACAUCCAAAUAAAAGACGAGACAUUCCGCGACAUGUCAGCACGUAACAUCCUCUCGCGCAUCCUCGAGAACCUCGAUUCAACGAAACUAGUCAAAUUAACCGGCCCCCCAAAGACCAAGCUCACAAUCGACACCAACACCCCAGACACAGAUGCACUAGUCCAAACCAACUUCUACCCACUAGUGAACCCGCUCUUCAAAGAAGGCGACAUAAUCCUCACAGAAACCGGCACAGCAGCUCACGGCGGGCGAAACUUCACUCUACCCAGCAAAUCCCGCCUCUUCGGCGCUGUAACAUGGCUCUCUAUCGGCUUCAUGCUCCCAGCAACACUAGGCACAGCCCUAGCCCAGCGCGAGCAAAACGCAAACACAAUCAGAAAAGCACAGACAAUUCUCUUCAUCGGCGAUGGAAGCCUCCAAAUGACCGCGCAGGAAAUCAGCGUCAUGAUCCGGGAGAAGCUCAACAUUGUUAUUUUCAUUAUUAAUAACGAUGGCUACACUAUCGAGCGGGUUAUCCACGGCCGCAAGCAGGCGUACAAUGAUGUUCCGUUCUGGAGACAUGCGCAUGCGCUUACUUAUUUCGGGGCUGAGGAGGAGCAUGCGGCUGCGAAUACGUUCCAGGCACGUACUGUUGGUGAGUUGAAGGGGUUUUGGCUGAUGAGCGGAUUUCGAAUGGGAGUGGGGGAGGAUGUUCAGGGGGCUUUGCUCUAUUUGUUAAAUAAGCAGCUUGCUCAAGAGAAGGUUGAUGAAGAGGAGAAGGAGAAGGGACAGAAGUAG